AUGCCGGAUAAACCUCCCCCAGCGUUAGAACGUUAUGAUGGCUCCGCCGAUCCCGACAAUCACUUGCGCAACUUUGUAGAUGUCAUGGCGUUCUACACAGAUAAUGACCCUGUCAUCUGCAGAGCUUUCUCCUUAUCCCUCAAGGAUGAGGCCUUGGAGUGGUUCCACACUCUUCCACGGAAUUUGGUAGAUUGUUUUGCGACAAUUGAAACUCUGUUCAGAAAACAGUACGCGACCAACAGAAAACCGGAGAUGACUGCUGCUGAGCUUGUGAAUACCAAGCAGGAAAAGGAUGAAACACUAAGAGCGUUCAUGCAACGAUACAACGAGACGGUCCGGCGUGUGAAAGAUAUCAAUCACACCUUUAUCAUCAGCAAUCUACCUUCGUGCUUAAGGCCAGGAUAUUUUGCGGAACAAUUAUAUGCUGACCCUCCAGCAUCUAUGGAAGAACUGCAAUCCACAAUUGCAAAGUUCAUCCGCAUCGAGGAUCUCCGGAAUUCUCGGAAGAAGCAGCAGCAAGAUACCUCCAGUCAUGAUGUAAAGAAAACCGCAAAGCGAUCGACCAGCGACUAUAAAUCAGACCGACCACCCCGAAAAGAGUCAGGGUGGACGCCUAAGUACGAUCGCUACGCGACCCUCAACGCACCCAGAGCAAAGGUGCUUGAGGAGGCUUUGCACGCCGAACUCCUAACUGUGCGGCGACGAGCUACUCCCAAGAACGCGGACAGCAGCAAGGCCUGCCGCCUCCACAUGAAUCGUGGACAUGACACAGAAGAAUGCAACUUGGUGAAGGACGAGCUGGAGCAACUCAUCCGAGCAGGCUACCUCCAGAACUACGUUAAGGACAGAAUCUCUACCCGAGCCACAACUCCUCACCAUAAGGAUCCCUCCAGACGGAGCCCCGAGCGAUCGCCUCCCAGGGAUGACCGACGCCGCAGGCGGUCGCGCAGCCCACCCCGACGAACGGAGAGAGAACGUUCAGUCCGAAGUCGAAUUGACACCAUAUCGGGUGGAUUCGCUGGGGGGGAGUGUCAUCCUCCGCCAGGAAACGACAUCUAA